CUGUUGGAUGUAAACAUUGUUUGUUUGACAGCUCUGUACUACGUGACAUCAGCUCCAAGUUUCCUGAAACUAUGGCAGAAACUGCUCCUGCUCCCGCGGCUGCUCCGGCCAAAGCCCCGAAGAAGAAGGCGGCAAAGGCGAAGAAGCCUGGACCAAGCGUGUCUGACCUUAUCGUAAAAGCGGUUGCCGCUUCCAACGAGCGCAAAGGAGUUUCCCUGGCGGCUCUGAAGAAGGCUUUGGCAGGUGGUGGAUAUGACGUUGAGAAAAACAACUCCCGCGUCAAGAUUGCUUUGAAAUCCCUGGUGAAAAAGGGGGCGCUUGUUCAAACUAAAGGCACCGGGGCAUCUGGAUCUUUCAAGGUGAGCAAGAAACCAGCCACCAAGAAGCCCGUCAAGAAAGUUGUGGCGAAACCGAAGAAACCAGCCGCGAAGAAAGCGGCGGUCAAGGCGGCGAAGCCCAAGAAGGCAGCAGUAAAGAAACCUGCCCCGAAGAAGUCUCCCAAGAAAGUGAAGAAACCGGCUGCGCCCAAGAAAGCCGCCAAAAGCCCGAAGAAAGUGAAGAAACCGGCGGUGAAGAAAGUUGCAAAGAGUCCUAAGAAGGUCAAAGCAGUGAAGCCUAAAGCCGCAAAGCCCAAGGCUACCAAGGCGAAGAAGACGGCCGCUAAGAAGAAGUAGACUGCCAGACCACACUCCAUAAACCAAAGGCUCUUGUAAGAGCCACCCCAUCUUCACAGAAGUGCAAAUGUUCCUAAUGCACGUAAGAAGGCUGAUGCCUUUUUAAUAGACUGAGACAAUGAGUUUUGGGGUGGGAUGUGACACUUUUUUGAGCUGUUUUGUUACUUGUGGCUUCUAAAUAUCACCAGCGCGAACGGGCAGCAUAAAUAACUGUGCUGUGGAAGACUUUUAUCAAGAUCGGUUUGUAUAAACAUAUGACAGUCUCUACCUCCGUACCUGAUGCACAAAGCCGAUUACUUGGUGUAGAUUUUCAAUCCUUCACAGAUUAGACAGACAGAAGAGUCCGCUGGUUGGAAAGUGUCCAAAAUGUGCAUACAUAUAAAUACGGCUUGUUUAAAGUUCGUCGCGUGCGAGCGUGUGACUAAACAGGAUGAGUGUGUUUUAUCACAAUGAUUCAUGUUAUAUUUAUAUUUUGUAUUGGAUUAUACUAGACUUUCCUGUAAAUACAGCAAUACAGAACAAACAUUUAAUUUAUUCAUUGUCAAUGGUUUGUUGAAUGUUGCUACUAAAGGCAAUAUACAUUCCAUCAGUUUUUUUUUGUUUUUUUUUGUAUACUAUUGUUCUUAACAUUUACUCAUAAAA